GCUCGUUGUUAUUCAUCAUAUACAGUAGUCCGGCUGCCUGAUUUGGAUAUUCCCCGAUGAUGCCGACGGAUUCGAGAAUGGCCAAGAAGUUUCUUCAAUCCUAUGGAUAUGAUUUGAUCCUGGGAUCUGUUGCUGCAAUUUAUGUGAUAUUGGCACCAUAUACUAAGGUGGAAGAGAGCUUCAAUGUACAGUCAAUGCACGACAUUCUCUACCAUCGCCACCAUUUGGACUCUUAUGACCAUUUAGAGUUCCCCGGUGUUGUCCCUCGAACUUUUAUUGGAGCCUUCAUAGUCUCUCUUUUUGCAUCACCCCUUGUAUCAGUUAUCAGCUGGCUAGGUUUCCCCAAGUUUUAUAGCCUUGUUGCAGCUCGUUUGGUGUUGGGCUGCAUCAUAUUGUCCACACUAAGAUUUUUCCGGAUUCAGCUACUUCUUUCACAGAUAAGAAAUAAGUUUGGACAUCAAGUUGAAACUUUCUUUGUACUUCUCACCACUUUUCAGUUUCAUUUUCUUUUUUACUGCACUCGUCCUCUACCUAAUAUUCUAGCUUUGGGAUUAGUUAAUCUGGCAUAUGGUCAUUGGUUAAAGGAAAACUUUUACUCGGCUUUGAGUUUCCUGAUUUGUGCCACUGUAAUCUUCAGAUGUGAUACCAUGUUACUGCUUGGGCCUAUAGGUCUUGAACUUUUACUGACCAGAUCGAUCUCCUUCUGGAAAGCACUUAAGUAUUGUGUUGCAACCACUCUGUUGGCUCUAGGUCUUACCAUUUUCGUUGACUCUAUCAUGUGGAAAAAGUUUGUCUGGCCAGAAUUCGAUGUUUUCUGGUUUAACUCCAUUUUAAACCGGAGCUCUGACUGGGGUACACAUUCUGUACAUUGGUACUUCACCUCGGCACUCCCACGUUCUUUACUAUUAGCUUAUCCACUUUCAUUGCUUGGUGCUUUAGCUGACAGGAGGCUUCCAUUCUUUGUUCUUCCAGUUUUAUCCUUCGUUAUACUAUACUCUAAACUUCCGCACAAGGAACUCCGGUUUAUCAUUAGUUCAGUGCCAAUGUUCAACUUGUCUGCUGCAGUUGCUGCUAGCAGAAUCUACAAUAACAGGAAGAAAACUAUUUGGAAACUGGUGAACAUGGUUAUGUUAGCGUUUUUCGCAAUCAGUGCAGGGUGCACGGUUGUAACAUUCAUGGCAUCUUACUACAAUUAUCCUAGCGGCUAUGCUUUGAAGCGCCUGCAUCAAAUAAGCCAUCCUGUGAAUGUAGCUGGAGAAGAGUGGGUUCACAUAGACACAUUUGGUGCUAUGAAUGGAAUAUCUCGCUUUUGUGAAGAUGCUUUUCCGUGGAGAUACUCAAAAGAAGAAGAGAUAGUAGUGGAGGAGUUGCAAAACCGAAAUUUCACGUAUCUGGUGAACGAGCACUCCUCUGUAGAUGGAUACAAGUGCUUAUUUCAUGAAGAGGGGUUUGAGAGACUUGAACUGCGGCGAGGUUUCCCUCCCAUUGUCCUGGUAAAAAGGCCCAAAGUGUACGUGCACCAAGAUAUGAAGAAGAAGAAGGAAGAUCAAUUGCAUAAGAAAUGGCCUGGAUGUUAGCAAUACAACGACAAAUAGAGACGGUGGUUUUGGGUUAAUGUAGCAGCUUUGUUAUCCUUUAGAGAGCACAUGAUAUGCACUUAGUCAUUAGCUAUGUAUCAGAUUGAAACCCUCUGAUUUGUUCAGUAGUAUCGUCGACCUUUGGGCCUUUGCUUGAUUGAAUUGACAAUUGAUUGAUGGUCCAUUAAUUUGUUUUACCAGUUUA